AUGACUGAUUUAACCCCUGAAUUAAAUGAAGAGUUGAAAAAGUAUGAUUCUUCCUUCACCACAGCUAGCUACUUUUCAGGUCCGCGCAUCGAUCAGUUUCUAGAUGAGGCCUACAAGAUUAAUGAUGGAAUCUCAGAGUUAAAUACAUUUCUUAAAGGGAUACGCCAAGCAUAUCUAUCUAAAGAAGUAGUUCCCCGACGUUCACACAGUACGCAAGAAUACAAACAAUGUCAACAUUUGACCGACCAAGGCAAAGAGCAGAUUGAUGCUAAAAUGAAGCAAGUUUUGCGGGAGCUCAAUGCUGGUAUAAGGAUGUUAGCAGAUGCAGAAGAUGUGCGAAGACGAACUGAAACCACCAUAUUGAAAAAGAAGUACGCACGACUCGGCCUAGCAGGUCUAGGUAGUUGGGCUUCGGGAGGGACACAAUCCAAACUACCUGAACAGGAAAUUGAAGAGGCCAAGGCAAACACAAUCACUUCUCAUAGGGAAAGCGUUCUGUUUUAUCUCAGGGAGAGGCUUCAAAAAUGUGCAAGUCUGCAAGCAUCUAUGAUGGAGAAGCGGAUUUCACGCGAAAUAGAGAAAAGUCGAAGUAUGUUGGGACAAGCACCAUCUGAUCGAUUCCCAAGCUUGGAGAAGUUUAGCAAUAUUCCAGUCGUGUCAGCAGGUAAUCCUACUGCGUAUGAACUUUCUGAAAGCCAUAUUUCCAUGACGGAUGAGAAGUUGAGUCCACAACAAAUUCAGAUGUUUGAACAAGAGAACCAAGACAUGAUACGACGUUAUGAGAGCAAUCUGGAUCAAGUCAGAACCGCAGAGAAAUCCUUGGUUGAAAUUUCUGAGCUUCAAAAUCAACUUGUACAUAACUUGGCUACACAAUCGGCCCACAUUGAGCAACUUGUGACUGAUUCUCAUCUCACAACAGAGAAUAUCGGCGGUGGAAAUAAACAAUUGAGAAAGGCAACCGAACGAAAGAGCACCGCCAAACUUGUAUUUUAUGCAUCCUGUGGGCUGAGCCUCUUUUUAGUAAUGUGGGACCUGAUCGUGUAG